UUAGCAUUAUCCGGUUUUAGAUUUGGCUCUUCCUGAGAAGGUUCCCAGAAUGAAGAUAUGAAGAAGUGAUAAAAAGAGGACGACAGGUUUCAAAAUUGCAAAUUUCUAAGCAAGCAGUAAUACAAGGCAACGGUUUCUCGAUCCACUCGUGUAUCAUCUGACAUAAGAGCACAGAUAGAUAGGAAGAAAGAGAGAGAUCGCGUGUGUAGUGUAACAAUAUACCCGGACCAUGUUCCCCGCACGCUGUUCAAUAUUUACAUCAAUGAGACGGAUAUAUUACCGGAUUAAGAUGACCCCUGUGGCUUUUUAAUUAUACAGGCCUCAGUGCGUCAGGACAUCUGCCCUAUAGAAAUCGGGACUCUCGAUCCCCCGAACCGUUCCCUAUUCUACAUCAGCGAUCCGUUUCCCUUGCUACAGAGUAUCAAUUACAUUGUUAUUACCCGGGAAGUAUCCAGAAGAUGUGGUCAGAUCGUAGAUAAUACACUGGUAUAAGAGCAUGCCGCAACAAUGGAACAGGUACACAGAAGCGUGGCCCCCGUCGUGCGAGCAGCGCGAUAACGAUCGUGCGGUGCAACUAUGCGUCUAAUUUGGAUCUGCCCGCAAAAGAGGAUGCGCUUCGCAAAAAAAAAAAAAAAAAGAGAAGAGGGGUACGUGCCCCACGGGGUUCGGGCGUGUGCAUUCGGCCGCUCGCACGUACUCCAAAAUACGUAUGUAUGUAUGUAUAUAUAGCGAAGGGUUCGUCCUUUAGAGGAUUUAGUGAGACUCUCGGGAUGACGAGCGAAGCACAAGGCUCGCGGACAAGAAACACGGACUUCAGCAUAGCCCGUAUACUCGCGGAGGAACUCCCCGGCGCCGACGUCGACGCGCGAAAACAGCACGAGUCUCCGGAGUGCGAUUUCCGGGGAGGAACGAAGACUGGGGAACGGACGUUGGAACGUGCGAGCGAGCCGGAAAAGCGCGACACGCCCGCGCCGUACGUUCCCAUCGUCGCGGAGCGACAGCGAAGCGGCGACCGCGUUGGCGAGAGCACUACACGGUGGACCGAUCUCACGUGGCUUCAGUACACUCGGUACAGACCUCCGAGAUUGCCUAGAAGAUCUCUCACUGAAAGACGGGUCAAGCGACAAGCAGGCGAUCAUCCUCGCAUCCCGUUCUCCUCGUCCCAGUUGCAGAUAUUAGAGGAGAAAUAUAAAAAAAGUGCUUACUUAUCCAGGAUCGACGUCGUCGAGAUGUCCGCAACAUUACGACUGCCGCAGAACAAAAUCAAGAUCUGGUUUCAAAAUCGUCGAGCAAGACAGAAACGGGAGUCGCUAAAUUCCACGAUAACAGCGCGAUGAUUCGACAACAAUGGAAACCAAUAAGGUUCUUCUGGAAUCCUACAUCUGAAUCGAGGAAGAUUCGACAAUGCACCGAAUUUAAAUCGAAAUUAUUUCGGGCAACUCGACUUUCGGCUAUUUAU